AUUCCCACUUUACUCUGACUCAACUUCAACUUCUAUUGAUUGACACUUUAAAUUUUAUUUCCAAUCCAUCAACAUUCAUCUCACUCACUUUUCAAGGAAUCGAUUAUCAUUAUUCAAUUGGAAUAGCAAAAUACCUUCUUGAUCAAUCAAACUACCACUUUAUCAUCUUUCAAAUCAACCAAUCUCAUCAUGACUAUCACCACUUCAUCGAUCUCAACUUCAGCAGCAAAUCAAACCAAACCUCAUUUACCACUCUCUGCUUCAAAAUGGGCUACUCCAAACCACAAUCAAGCAUCAUACUCAAAACCGAUCAACAAAAAAUCAACCUCACCGUUCUCACCAUCUCCUACUAUCAUCUCGUCAUCUUCAUCAUCUUCUAAACAUUCAUCACCUAAUUCGACUAUACCGUCAACUUUAUCUCAACAACGAGCUUCAUCAAUCAUCACACCUUCACCCUCAUCAUCGCAUCAGCAGCAACUUCCCUUACGUCAUCAAAGGCUGCCUCGCUCAGGCCAAUCUAUACAUGAUCCUCGUCAUGUCUCAAUACAGACAUCCGAAUCAGCUCAACUUAAGACCCUUGUACCCAAUUCUCGCAGUCUACAUCAAAUUGAAUCAUUACUAAAUCGACUCAAACAAAAAUCACCUCGACCGCGUCCUCCACCAACACAAGCACGUAGCAUGACUAAUGUUUCAACGGGUCACAUUUCGACGUCUUCAAAUACUGCUGAUCUUCCUUCAUCAGUCAUCAAACCAAAAAUCCAUUCCACUCCAGAUAUCAUUCAAGCACAAUCACUUGAAUCCCCAAUUCCCAUUCCCGAACCUCAAUCAGUGGAACCGCCAAUCACCAUUCUCGAAUCUCAAUCGAUUCAACCCUCGAUUAUCACUGCAGAAACUGAUUCAGCUGAACCCACUAUAACAAUUGUCGAAGGUCAAUCAGAUGAAUCCACUGCAACCAUUAUUGAAUCUCAAUCAAUCGAACCCCCAAUCAACAUGAUCAAAUCUCAAUCAGUUGAACCAUUGAUCACUACUCCUCUCGAAUCUCAUCCAGCUGGAACUCCGGUUACCACUGUCAAAGCAAACCCUUCUUUCCUCCUAACAGGCAGCCCAAACCCGCCUGAACCAUCUCUUUCAAAGUCCUUGACUCCACCUCGACUUCGGGUGGACACCAUCACGGCAUCCAAAUCAUCAAACAAGCUUCCCACACAUUCUCCUACUACUGCGACUCACACUCCUGCCUCGAGUCUGUUUAGCUCCAAACUGGAUUGGGCGCGUCUGGUUGACGAUUUCGAAUCAUCGGAAGGAGCUGAUGAACUUCCAGAUUUGACGGAAUGGGCCUCUGAGUGCACUGCUACCACAUUGCCACGUCCUCAGACUGGUGAUUCAACACAAAUUGAAAACGAGGAAUGUCGAUCAAAGUAUGAAAGUCAGAGUACAUCGAAUUCCGAUCGAUCUUUGCUCACAAAACCAAGCGCUGAACUACGGCAGGCAAAAUCAGCUGAUCCUUCAACUGGCCGUCGAUUUUUCUCUGAGCAACAGAAAAAAUCAAUCACUUCUUUGUUACUUUCACCCGAUCAGAGCUCCAGUCUAGACACAAAACCAAGUGAAGCAGCUCAAACACUUAGUCCGAACCAACGUAGACGUCAGCCAAGGAGACAAAAACGCUCUGGAGCAGCCAGUCCAACAGUGCCCAAACAGAUUCUUUCUCCUCCGUCAAACAAAGGCACAACAAAUUCAAAACCAACUGGAGAAAAACCGACGAUGACGAAUCAAUCACAUUUGAAGGCAGUUGAAAGAGAAAGCCCCAAGAGCUCAAGAGUAGAUCAAUCAAAAUCUAAAAAAGCUGUAGACUCUAUCAAGAUGAACUCAGAACAUCCAUCAGAUUCUUCUCCAUCUAAAGCCAAUGAGUCAAACAAGAGAUUAUCAAGAUCAGCAGCAUUACAACAACAUGGGAAUGCUAUUCAAAGAUUACUUAGAUCAGCAGAAGAUCAUCCUUCUUUGGUUGAUAAACCAAGGUUUAGAAAGCUUGAAGAGAAGAAGAAUCAAGAAGAAUUGAUCACCAGAAGAUCCAAUGGAACUCUUUUGAAUUCGAAUCAUCAUAAUUUGGGUACCAAUCGAGAUUUGUUUGGAAAAUUAACUGGGAUUAGAAAGUUAAAUUCAGUGGAAACUUUUUCGACUUGAUUAUCUUUUUUAGUUUUUUUCAUCUUUAAAUGAUUAAUGAUGUAGGAAAGUUUGUAGCUUGUUUGUUUUUUGUUUUUUGUUUUAAGAUAUUUAUGAUACUGGGUAUGUGUGUGUGUUUUUGUAAUUUUUUUUCAAAAGUUUCAUUAUUUAGGAAUCGUAAACUCUUCAUGUAGUAAGUACUAGUCUUUUCUCUCUCUCUCUAUUUCUCUCUUGUUUUACAUUUUUUUCUUUUUGUAUUUUGGGAUAUAUUAAGUAAACUUGAUAAUUAGGGUUUUUAAAGUAAAGUAGAAUAAAGGUAUUUUAACCUUUUUUCUUUUUCUUUUAUUGGUUUCUUUUGUUGUUAUUUUUUUUUGGUUUUGUUGAUUUUUUUAUUGAUUUGUGAAUUGUGUGAUGAGUGUAUCCAUGAGUUAAAAGGGAAUGAAAAGAAAAAUAAAUAAGCAU